UUUACAGAUUUUAAGUAUCAAAUUUGUAGAAUUUUCAUUUUUGUAACUUUAGCAUAUCAUAUAUUUCAGGGAACCAGUUAUCAAUAGAAAGUGAACUAUAACAAGUAAGUAGUAACAAAACUUCGGUAAUCGGUUACGAUAAAUUAAUAUCAUCUCCUCAACCGGCUACUUGCUUUUAUAAAUGGAACUGGUGUCCCUCGGUCUGGGAGUGCUGCACGAUGCUGCGGAGCGCGCCGCCAGCUACCGCGGUGGUCAGACGGUACUGCGUUACCUUGAUAGGGCGCUGUGGUGUGUAGAAAAGAGCGCGAGGUGGGCUGUGCCGCCGCCAUUGGACGUGGACGAGCGCCCGCAGCCGGAGCUGGUGCGGCCGCUGCCGUGGGUGCUGUUCCUGGCGCUGCUGCUGCUGCUGCGCGUGCUGCGGGAGACGUUGUCGCUGCUCAACCUGGCGCUCGGCAAGCCGCCUGUCAGGUCUGCUGAUGUGGUAACAUACAUCCAGAGCAAGCGGCGGUACGUGCGCGCGCUGAAGUACCGCGGCGGGCGCGCGAUGCGGGCGCGUGGACCGUGGAGCCUGCGCGCGCUGCUCGACCUCGCGCUGUGCGGACGCGCACGCCCGCCCGCCGACCACACGGAGCUCGUGAUAGUGGACAAGAAGAACUCUUGCGAGGCGCCGGCGGCGGAGGCGGGCGCGGAGUCCAGCAUGGAGCGGCUCAUUGAGAAGAUGAUGGUUGACCUCGACGCCGACUCCGACGACGAUCACAGUUACACGCUCACGAACGUGACGAGCGUCAGAAGCGACAAAUCCGAUUACUCGGAUUCGGAGCACGAAAUCGCCUUCAACAAAGACUCGAAACCGUCCGGUACCAUCGAGGACGAGACUGGAACCUUCUCGAAACCAAACAACAUGGCGACUUCCACGCCAGAGAAGAAUCACAUACAAGACAUCGGCACAGAAUAUUCCACAAUAAAGUCGGAGAAUAACAACUCGGUAGAGGCUACAGCUAUGUUCCUGCAGCAUGAGAACUGUACAUAUAAAAAAGUUGUAGCAAACGGAAAAUCUAAAACAGGCAUCAAAAAGGAAAGUACGCGCGAAGCAGAUCUAAGGCAAUGAUGACAGACCUCUCUAUAAGUUCUAUGAAUAAGAUUAAGGACUGAAGUAAAUACAUCGAAGAUCACAGGUCUAUAUCUAGUAGUAAUAAAAAGACAAAUUAUAAAAAAUAUUUUUAUACUAAAACGUGGCAAUAACUAGUAAGUAGUAAGAAGUAUAUUUAACUAAGCUAAUUUCUAAGUUAUUUUAUUCAAUUAAGGACUAAGGUACUACUGGGACCAAACAGCCUUACAAUGUGUGAAAGUGUACACACCACAGAAAUAAAUCAAGAUAGAACGGCUGAGCGGGUGGAGU